AUGCAACUCACCAUCUCAUCGGUCCUAGCCUUGCUCUUUCUAAAAACCCAAACCCUACCCACAGACAAUACUCUCGAAAGCUUCGUGAUUCCCGCAUUCAUUCCUAUUUUUUCGGGCGCGAAUUACAAGCUCUGUACCCAGGGCUGCUGGCCGGCUGCUCUCCUAUGCUCGUCUACUGUCGUGAUUGCUGGAGUUGUUGCGUAG